CCCGCCUCCGCCGCCUCCCCUACCUCCCUCUCCACCCCCUCCGCCGCCUCCGUCACCGAAACCGCCUUCGCCUCGUCCACCCCGCCCUCCCUCGCCCAGGCCGCCUUCCCCUCUCCCCCCCUCACCCGCACCUCGCCCGCCUUCGCCGCCACCACCCAGACCGCCUAGCCCCAAUCCACCACCACCACCGCCACCGCCGCCACCCAAGCCCUCACCACCUAGUCCCUCUCCUCCUCCUAGCCCCCCUCCACCUAGCCCAGGCCCUCCCAGCCCACUGCCUCCCAAUCCUCCACCACCCUCGCCACCACCACCCCGUCCACCCCCACCCAGCCCGCCCCCGCCGCCCAGCCCACUUCCCCCAUCACCCCCACCGCCCAGCCCUCCCCCUCCCAAUCCACCGCCGCCCAGCCCGCCCCCUCCUUCGCCACCACCCGAUCUGCCGCCUGCGUUCCCACCUCUGCAGCCCGCUAAGCGUAGACCGCCGCCCCCGCCACCCGCCAAGUCCCCACCGUCCCCGCCCGCACCCCCUCCGCCACCGCCCCUGGUGCAGACCCACAUCUGCCCCCAGUCCACGAUGAAUGUGCCGUACAAUCUCUCCAGCCUGACAGCCGUCCGGAGCGUAGAUCAGUACGGCAGCCCAGCUAUCAUGAUGUGCACCCGAGUGGCAGCACAGGGCUGCAAUGCAGCCGCGCAGUGCUGUGGCAUGGAUUUCGCAAAGGUGGAAAUCAUCAUCAACCCAGCCUGCAAGAGCGAUAUCCGGCGUAUCACGAUCAACGGCAAGGAGGUACCGUACAGCUGGGGUUUCUAUGAUGACAACGUCUCGCUCAAGUUCGUCAAUCUGAUCAGCUUCCUACCCAGUCCGGAUGGAGCCAACCUUUGCUGGUACGUCAGGAACGGUGCGUGCAACAGUCCCUCGACCUUCUGCUACAACGGUCUUUGCCAGGCUAAUGCAUUUUCAAGCGACAACAAGUGCUGCCCUGCGUACGUCGUUUAUUAGUCCCGACGCGCGCGUGUAUGUGCGCCAAGCAACAAAAAUAUAUGCGAGCACAGCUUACAGUUCGUGCGUGUGUUGCUUGGUGCUAAAAUUGGUGUUGGGGACUAGAUACUCUGCUCUGUGGGCAAGGCUUCCAUCCGUGCAAUCCGGAGGGAGUUGCUGCGCAGAGAGGGAAUUCCACUCUUCAUGGCAAUCGUUCGCUCAGUGGUGUGAGUAUUGCAGACGAUAACGCACAUCAAAAGAGCAAAAAAAAGUAAAAAUAAGUGUCUGUCGGUUGCCCACGCCACUUGUGUGGGUGCAGGUUGCUGCGUGCGUGACUUGUCUGUUGUAGUACGGUAUGGAAAGGCAUGAUGUUACUAGGCAACAUAGGUGAACAGAAGAAAGGUGCAGUGUGUGUAGAGCUCUUAUGUUGACCGCAGGAUGAGCCAGAUAAGAUAUGUAUGCAUGUCCCACUUGUGCCGUUGCACACGGGGCAUAUAGCAGCAGGUGUACUUGACGGGGGCAUCGGGGUGGGGUAGGUUGCGUGCAUGGUUGAACUUUCGAUAUGAUGGAGUCAAGCUUGGUUUUGAGUGUUGCAGGAAAGGCGUACCGUGCCAAGGCACAAGCCUGUAGAACCCGCUCGCUCCUCGUAAUGCAUGCAUGCCAAACGGCGUGCCAAACGUAUGAGAGAUGUAGCAGAAGAAAGACCUGGUGGGAGUAGGCGGAUGACGGUGACUGUAAAGCUGAGGUGCUGAGUGAGCCUCGGCACACACAAUACCGUACUCUCGUACAUGUUUGGCUGGUAUGCGGAUAAAUGUGUGAAUUAUGCCUUGCCUGGUGGCGUGCUGGGUUGGCAAGGUUGGCCGGACAUUCUGUCGCGCCCCGUUGCCGGCGUAUGGGCGCGACAAUUCCUUGUUAAAUGGGGCUGCGCACAUACUACGCUUGAUUGCCUCUGGUUGCUUUUGAUGAUGCGGCCAGAUGUGGCCUUUAUUCUUUGCUAUUCUCCUUCUUAUACCCCCCCAACGGCGUUGUUGCAUGGUUAGCGCUCUGGGUAGAGGCUUUUGGCGGCACGUUGCUUACAUAGGCAACCGGCAGAGACGUGUCUUACCGCAUGGUCUCUACCAAUUGUGCAGCAGAUUGCGUUCAAAUCCUCCCAUGCCGUACAUUUAGCCGCCGUAUCAUGGUACUGUUGGUCUGUAACCUAACCGUUGCAAGGUUCUUAAUGGGCUACAUGGGCUGCACCAACGUUUUGUUUGUUUGUUUGUAAUUGGUGCAGCAGG